AUGCUCCAAGGACUUCUUGAUGGGCUAUGCAAGCCCGACAUCUGUCAUGGGUUAAUGAGCGCACAAAAUCAACGCUAUGCCAAGGUCCUGCUUGCCAUGCAACAUAUUAUUCAAACAUCACAUGGUGCGGCAGUUCUUUGUGCAGCAAGGCUUGGAUUGUCCGCACUUAGUAACAUGAGAAAGGAGAACCUCUUGUCAUUGAUACAAAUGAUUGAAGAGAGGUUUUCCUUAUUUUCAUCUCCUGAACUCGAGAUUCUCUUUCGAGAACGCAAUUUCCAACGUCUAAGCGCAGAUCCUUCAAGACAAAUUCCGAGUGAGCCGCAACUGCUUACAUCAACGACCCAUGUCACGGCGGAGAAAAGUCAUGAUGGUAUUCGUGCUCAAGACACCCCAGGUCUUGGAGGUCCAGGACCGGAAAUCUCCACAGAGACGCAAGGCUCUUCAGACACAAUUUUUCUGCUCUGUGUUGGCACAGCCGCUGAUGAAGACGUUUCGAAAGGCGAUAUGAUAGGAGUCCGCCUCAACUUGCUUGAUAUCGAAACACUCCACAAAGAUGUAGCAGCCAUCUUGGAAGGAAAAUUACUAAAGCAGAUAAAAGAGUCCUCCGGCAAAGCAUUUAUCAAAAAAGAUCUCGACUAUACAGUAAUCCAUCAAGCGAUUCUAACUAUGCUAUUUGCUCGCGCAAGGGACCGCGUUGAAGCUGAGUUCAAAUCGUGGAAAUGGCUGGUAUCCAAUGUACUAGGAAAUACUUUGCUGAGUUACAUCAUGGAAAAGAAAGCAUCAAGUGUCUUGAUUUUGUUGGCAAACAGCCAUGGCGAUUGGGAAACAUUGUCGAUGGACGACCUUUACAGCCAUCUUCAAAUGCUGUCAGCAGCCCACGGGAGCCUUUCUAUCUGUCCAAGUGAGACGGAGAACCAGUCGGCAGCUUGCAAAAUAGCAGACAUACGCAUUCUGGAUAUGAUUGCUCGAGAUGCUGAUUGGAAAUACUCUUACCGUCCAAGGACUUGCUUCGGCAUGGGGAAGUGUACUUUGCCUAGUACACUCAUAAAGCGGAUGGUGACCAAACGUGGCUAUAGCUGUGGUGGUGCUGAUGUUAAAAUCGUUGAAAGCACGACGCGAGACAACCUGGAAUGUAUUGAAACUCCACAGUCCAACUCAGAGCCGUUCGAAUUCGUGCCUGACAUAAGACAGCCAAGGUUUUUCCAUCAGGAAUACAUUGAAUCGUUGCAAAAGUUGGGCGAGUAUCGCGUCUUUAUCUCACGACGCCAGGUUAUUGAAAUCGCGUUCACAACAGUCAAUCAUGACAUGGAGCCUCCACAUUUCGCCGCUGAAAAGGCGACACCAAAUCACUUCAAAUGGUUCUCGGACGAUCCUAAGAAGCGAAAACAAAAGCUGGAAGAACUAAAGGACUUUGCAUUGUAUCAAAACUCUCGUCUCCUGAACCAUCCCGACAAUAUGGAGAAGUUCGGAUCCGUCCACGUCGGGAUACGCCUGGAUAUCGGAGUUUCUGAACUAAACGGUAAUGGAAGGUUUUUUGUGUCUGAACCCACGAGAUUUCCUAUGGCAGACCAGCUAGCUAACCUCAUUCUUGAUCGGCCACAUGUUGCUAUUGCAAGAGUUUGGGGGGAAUCAAUGAUCGAGCAACAUAGGCGCCGCAUUAGGGGCGAAAAGCAGAUAUAA